AAACUACAUUAUAAUUCAACAAAUUAUCUUAUAAGCUAGGGUUUUCUAAUCUCUUCGACGUUGUCGAUUUCUCUCAAUCUUCUCCGUCUCUGAUCUCGAUUUCUCUCUCUCGUCUCUCAAUGUUGCCGCCGUCUCUGAUCGGUCAAGAUCUCUCCGUCUCUGGCACUCUCUCCAUCUCUGCUCUCUUGAGAUCUAUUUGAUUUCCUUGUCAACUUUCAAUCUCGGUUGUUCUUCAAGUGUGAGAUCUUGAUUGGAUUCUAUUUAGGUUGGUGAAGCAGGGCUAUGUAUAACGGUAUUGGAUUACAGACUCCUAGAGGGUCUGGCACUAAUGGUUACAUCCAGACGAACAAAUUUUUUGUGAGGCCAAAGACUGGAAAGGUUGCUGAAAGCACCAGAGGAUUUGAAGAAGAUCAGGGCACUGCUGGAGUUUCUAAGAAACCUAAUAAAGACAUUCUCGAACAUGAUCGCAAGCGUCAGAUUGAACUCAAACUUGUCAUACUUGAGGACAAGCUCAUUGACCAAGGCUAUACAUCGGAUGAAAUUUCUGAAAAGUUGAGGGAGGCUCGUGAGACUUUGGAAGCUGCUUCAGGUUCUGAGGAAAAAGAUGGACCUUCUGCCAUCGUACUUGCAGAUAAGAGGGUAUCAGAUACACAGACUCAUCAAAUUGCUGCAAGAAAGGAGGAGCAGAUGAAAACAUUGAGAGCUGCUCUUGGGUUGGGCUCAUCGGGCGAUACUGAACAGGUUAAAGAAGAGAUUUCUGAUCCAUCAAGAGAAAGAAGAGAGGGUCAGAAUGCUGAUAUUAAGCGUCAUGAGAAGUCUGAACAUUCUUUUCUGGACAGAGAAUUGAAUUGGAAAAAGCAUGGCCCUGAAGAUCAGUAUGAUGAUAAGGAUGACAAAAAAAGGAUUUCAAAAGAGUUGAAAGGUCAUCAGAAGGGUAGAAAAAGAAGGCCUAAGGAUGAUUCUUCGGACACAGAUUCUGUUGAUCGUAACUUGAGAGAUAGUAGAAGGAAUGAUUCUGAAAGUGACCUUGACAGUGAUGUUGGCCACAAAUACGUGGCCUCAAGGAAAAAUAGAAGGCAUGAUAGUGAUGAUUCUUCUGAUACUGAUUCUGGUGGUGAGCGCAAGGGAACCAAGAAGCACUUGAGAGAUAAACGGAGAGAUGAUCCUGAAAGUGACCCAGACAGUGAUUUUGACCAGAAAUAUAUCACCUCGAGGAAGCAUAAAAAAAAUAGAAGGCAUGAUAGGGAUAAUUCUUCUGAUACUGAUUCGGGUGGAGAGCACAAGAAAACCAAGAAGAACAUGAGAAAUAAUCGAAGAGGUCAUGGAAGUGAUCCUAGCAGUGACAUUGAUAAGAAAUACACCUUCUCAAAGAAGCCGGAGAAAAACAGAAGGCAUGACAGUGAUGAUUCUGAUUCAAUUACGGAUGGUGAUGAGUUUGGAAUGGGGGGCAGCCACAAGAAAGGAUCUAGUAGACAUAAAAGUCAAAAGGUGAAGAAUCAAAGAAGCCGGAAACAGGAGUCUACUGAUGAAUCCAAUUCUGACAGUGGGAUUGAUAAUAAACGCAGGCAACUUAAGCACAGAAACCAGCAUGGUAAAAGAUAUGGGGUAGAAAGUGACAGCUCUGACCAUGACAGUUCUGAUUCUGAUGUAGGUUGCAAGAAGAGUAAGCAUAGGUAUGACAGCAAACGUGCAGGAAAGAGCAGGGUAGAUAGUGAAUCCAAUUCCGAAAAGUCGAGAAAGCAUCGUAAGAAAGAUGGUGGUAGACACAGACAUGAUAUUGAUAAUGAAAAAAGUGGUGAUAACAGCUCUAGCGGUGUUGAAAUAGUGAAGAGACGCAGAGGUAGGAGUUACAAUGCUGAUGAUAAUUCUGAAGAAGAAGGUGAAUAUUUGGGUAGAAGUGGUAAGAUAGCUACAAAAGGAAAAAUAGAUGCUAAAAGGCAACAUGAUGACAACGAAAAUUCUGAUGAUAGCCUAGCAGUAGGUAGAAAGGGCAAUGAUAAACACAAGAGAGCUAAGAAAUGUUCUUCGGGAGACGAUUCUGAUCUAGAGAAGGGAGUAAAAGCAAGUGGUGGAGCUCGUGAACGAGGGAAAGGGAGCUUAAAUCAUGCGGAUGGUUUGGAGAAGUUUAAGAAAGAUUCUAUCAAUGAGUUCAACCAUGCAAGUCAACAGACAGAUACAAUGAACAGCAAGAGAAAGUUUGAUGAAGGUGGUAAAAAUGAGCAGCAGCUAGAAUCAAAGUCCAGAAAUCGAAAUUCUACAAGAGGGUCAGAUUUCCAUGGCGACCCCAAGAAAGGUUUUGAAAAUGAUUCUGAAUCAAGCAGAAGAGCACGCAGUGGUAGAUACGAUGAGAAAAGGGAUGGACGGUACAGGGAAGACCCCAAAAUUGACUCAGAUUUCCAUGGCAACCCCAAGAAAGGUUUUGAAAAUGAUUCUGAAUCAAGCAGAAGAGCACGCAGCGGUAGAUACGAUGAGACAAGGGAUGGACGGUACAGGGAAGAUCCCAAAAUUGACUCUGAAUCAAACAUUAGAUCACGCUACAGUGUGCAAGAUGAGGAUGAUGACAGAAAGGCAACUCAAACAGGAAGCAGAUUUACUGAAGAAACAGAGCAUGGAAGUAGACAUCAUCGCAAGGCUAAUGAGUCUCAUCACCGCAGUAGGACUGGUAAAGAUACUGAAGAGGAAAAGAGGCACAGCAGAUAUGAGGAGCCUAGAGGGAGAAAACAUGAAAGAGAGGAGGGUCUAAAAUCGGGCAGGGAAGUUGAAAGAGGGGAGUAUCAACCAAGUAGCAGGCUGAGAUCUGAGAAGGAUUAUGAAACUAGAGAAUCUACAAGAGAUAGGGAUGAUUCCAGAAAGAGGGCUAAAUAUGAAUCUCGAUCGAGCAGACGUGAUAAUCAUUAGGGUAGGGUUCCAUAUUCGUAUUUUUGCUCAUUGUCUCUAUCUUUAGAGCUUGAAUCACGAUGAUGCCUUGUUCGGAAGGUUGUAUCUUUCCUUUUUCCUGUAAUGAAAAUGUAUUUGAAUGUUGUUUGAUUUCAAACUUGCGUCAAAGUUGCUACAGAAAAGCUUGCUACGGACGGAUAGAUGGAUUUGCCUCUUCUUGUGUUGUUAACUGUUGAAUUGUGUCAGGUUUUAGAAAGGUGAUCCAAUAUUUGAUCCCAUUUGUGCUAGCAAGUUUGUUUGUAUAGGCAGAAGACUUGAGUUCCGGAGUAAAUUUGAAAACUGUACCCAAAUUCUUAUAUUGUCUUCA